AUGUCUAGUCUUGAGCUUGUUGAAGCUCUAGAAGAAAGGUAUGACCGACUGGAGGUGCUUAUAGGCACCGGAUACAGCAAGAAUUCCGAUGUUUCAGCGCAACUAGAUGAACUAUACAGACAGUUACAUCAUCUAUACUUCCAGGGUCUAAAGUACUCUCAAGAUCUUCUACAACUCUUAAAUGCUUUCUUAAUGGAAGAUACUGAGAACAUAGGAGCUCCUGAUGACGUUCUUAUUUUUGCUAGUUGCUUUGACGAUAUCUAUACAUUAUAUAGUAAAUUUGACGAGUUGAACAAUCAAUAUAUGGAGUUUUGUCAGAUCAGGAAAAGUUCGUUAUAUCAGAUUCCCUCCAAAGAUGGCAAGAUUGUAACGAAGCACUUGAAGGAACUUCCUAAGCUGGUGAAUAACUGUAACAUGAUGAUUUUAAGAUCAAUUGCAACUCUAAACCGUUUCAUUGAUUGGAAUAUUGAGAUUAAUGAAUUCUUUCAGUUCCAAAAGAAAAGAUUGUUAAAUUUACAAAAGGUAAUUUAUAGUACGUGA